AUGCUCUCAUAUCUCAUGGAAAGACUCUCAUGCUUCAAAGGACCUAAUGCUCCGGUCGAGUCGAAAUGGAAUCCGCUGCCAUCCGAUCCGAGUUUGAUCAAUACUAUGAUCGAAAACAUGGGAGUGAGUGGCAUCAAGGCGGUCGAUGUAGUCGGAUUCGAUGAUGAUUCCAUCGGAAAUGAGCAAUAUGCUGUAAUUCUGUGCUUUCCGUAUAACCCAGAGGUUAGAGAAAACAUUAGACAAAUGUACUCUGAAUUGAAAGAACCGGAGGAGUCAAUUUUCUUCAUGAAACAAAGCGAGGAAAUCGGAAACGCUUGUGGAAGCUUUGCUCUCAUCCACUCGCUUACCAAUCUCGAAGAACGUAUUGAUCUAGGCAAUGGUCAUCUUGCAAAAUGGCUCAAAGAUGCAAAGAAAGUCAGUGUUGAAGAGCGUUCAAAUCUUCUUGCCAACAAUAAAGGACUAGCGAAAAUCCACAAAACUGCUGCGGGAAAUGGAACGGCUGUCUCAAAUCCAGAUGGCAGAGAUGGGCAGCAUUUCGUGUGCUACGUCGGAAAAAACGGGACUCUCUAUGAAAUUGACUCGCGUCAGUCAUUUGCUCGUGUAGUCGGCCCGGCAACGGAUGAAAAUCUUGUGCAAAACUCCGGCGCGGGAUGCCAGCAUCUGAUUGGGACCCUUGACAGCAUCAGAUUUUCUGCUGUCGCCCUUGUCAAGCAAUAA